GAGAGAGAGAGGGAGCUUCUCUGCCAAGUUGCUGUAUAAAAGAUGAGCGUCAUGCAGACACGGGCACAGUCCACUCGUCUCAUACCCUUCGUGGACUCCUCCUGUCACUCUCCUAACACCGACAAAACAAGGAAAAUGAAGCUGCUGGUGUUGCUGUCAGCGCUACUGAGCAUCACACUCUCAGCAUCACUGGAGCGAGAGCGACGUCAAGUUUGGGGCAACAGAUUAAACCUGCAGUCGUCCCAGGGCUAUCUCCCUCCCCGCCAGGAGCCGGAUUGUCAGCCUUCCACCGUCUACCGCACAGAGACCCAAUAUUCCACCCAAGUGAUUCCCUCCACUGUUUACAACAAUGACGUCCAGUACAUCACUCAGACUUCAGUCAGCACCCAGCAAGUCUUCACUACAGUUACUUCAGAGGUCGUGCGAACUCAGCAGAUCCCCUCAGUCGUGUACAGCACGGUGACGGUGACCAACACGCAAGACAACACGCGUACUGAGGUCAUCACUCUUCCUGCCCAGGUCAACUACGUCACAAGCACACAAGAAGUCGUCCGCACCCAAGUCCAGUACCAGACCAGGUACUCCACCAGCAUCCAGCAGGUGCCCACCACCGUCACCAGAAACGUGGUGUCCACUCAGGUGGUGCCCCAGCAGGUUUAUAGUACCGUCUACCAGACCCAGACAAUCACCAGUACCCAGCAGCUUCCGGGACAGACCCGCACCGUCGAGAGCACCCAGUACAGCACCGUCUACUCCACCACGGUCAUCCCCGCCCCAGAUGUGGUGCGCUCCACCACCGUGUACAGGACCAACGUUGUCACCCAAACCGUCAAUCAGCCAGGACAGACACAAGUAGUCACCAGCACCCAGGUGGUGCCUGUCACCACCACCAUCGUUUCUGAGGUGGUGCUCACCAACACACAGACCCAGUAUGUCACCCGCACACAGGUGCAGCAGCAGACCACCACCGUGUACCGCACGCAGCAGGUGCCCCAGUACGUCACCAGGACGGUGACGGUGCCCCAGCAGGUGGUCAGCACUCAGGUGUCAACACAGGUGGUGCCCACAACCAUCUACACUCAGCAAACCAUCCAGACCACUGUCUACCAGCCAGCCCAGACCCAGUACGUAACUGUCACCCGCACUGCCGUGAACACCCAACAGCUGCCCGGCAGGACCCGCACCCAGUUCGUCACCAGUACCGUCUACAACACCAACUACGUCACCUCCACCACCUACAGACCAGUGUACAACACCAUCACUGCCACAAGCACCAGCCAGCCUGACUGCAACACUGGCUACAACUACCCGACGCCUGCUCAACCCUUUAACCCACGAGGCUAAAAAAGCGAUCGUUAUUUGAAGGGUAAAUAUUUCUUUUCCAACUGCAAUGUUUAGAGAUGCAGCGAAUAGUAUAGCAUAUCAAGCCGCCGAAUGCAGUUGGUGAUAUUGAAGCGCAAACUAUACCUGCACUGAAUUUCAUAUGGAAAUAAAACAUGAUCAUUCCC